GUAUACACUUCGCCAUAAUUCGUAGAAGAAGAAGGAGAAGAAGAAGAAGCUGUUCUAGAGAGUUCCAAGUGCAUUGUGGGAACGUCACCCGGCACCGGUCUUCCUCUCUAGCCUGCAAAAAUGAUGCCCACACCUGUAAUCCUUCUGAAGGAGGGGACAGACACGUCCCAGGGUGUCCCUCAGCUUGUCAGCAACAUCAAUGCCUGCCAGGUGAUUGCCGAGGCCGUGCGCACCACGCUGGGUCCCCGCGGCAUGGACAAGCUUAUCGUGGACAACAGAGGUAAGGCCACCAUCUCUAAUGAUGGAGCUACCAUCCUGAAGCUGCUGGAUGUGGUUCACCCUGCAGCCAAAACCCUGGUGGACAUUGCCAGGUCUCAGGAUGCUGAGGUCGGCGAUGGCACCACCUCUGUAACGCUGCUUGCAGCAGAGUUUCUGAAGCAGCUGAAGCCAUACGUAGAAGAGGGGCUCCACCCACAGACCAUCAUCCGAGCUUUCCGCACUGCCACGCAGCUCGCAGUCAAAAAGAUUAAAGAGAUUGCAGUCACCGUCAAAAAGGACGACAAGCAGGAGCAGAGGCGUUUGUUGGAGAAGUGUGCUGCUACAGCGCUGAACUCAAAGCUGAUUGCUGGCCAGAAGGACUUCUUCUCCAAGAUGGUGGUGGAUGCAGUGAUGAUGCUGGAUGAGCUGCUGCCACUCAAGAUGAUUGGCAUGAAGAAAGUUCAGGGUGGAGCUUUGGAGGACUCUCAUCUGGUGGCUGGUGUGGCCUUUAAAAAGACCUUCUCCUAUGCUGGCUUUGAGAUGCAGCCUAAACGUUACGAGAACCCUAAGAUCGCUCUCCUCAACAUCGAGCUGGAGCUGAAGGCAGAGAAGGACAAUGCUGAAGUCCGCGUCAACAACGUUGAGGACUAUCAAGCCAUCGUGGAUGCCGAAUGGAACAUUCUAUAUGAUAAGCUGGAGAAGAUCUACAAGUCUGGAGCCAAAGUGGUGCUGUCCAAACUGCCCAUCGGGGAUGUUGCUACACAGUACUUUGCUGAUAGAGAUCUGUUCUGCGCUGGCCGCGUCCAGGAGGAGGAUCUGAAGAGAACCAUGAUGGCCUGCGGUGGCUCUAUCCAGACAAGUGUUGGCUCCCUCACUGAUGAUGUACUGGGCUGCUGUGAGCUCUUUGAGGAGGUGCAGGUUGGAGGAGAGAGGUAUAACUUCUUCAAAGGCUGUCCCAAGGCCAAGACAUGCACCAUCAUCCUGAGGGGUGGAGCUGAGCAGUUUAUGGAGGAGACCGAGCGAUCACUGCAUGAUGCCAUUAUGAUCGUACGCAGAGCCAUCAAGAAUGACUCAGUUGUGGCUGGAGGUGGUGCUAUAGAGAUGGAGUUGUCCAAAUAUUUGAGGGACUAUUCCAGGACCAUCCCAGGCAAGCAGCAGCUGCUGAUAGGAGCCUACGCAAAAGCACUGGAGAUCAUUCCCAGACAGCUGUGUGACAAUGCUGGCUUUGAUGCAACUAAUAUUCUCAAUAAGCUCCGAGCCAGACACGCACAGGGUGGAAUGUGGUACGGCGUGGACGUGAACAAUGAGGACAUCGCUGAUAAUUUCCAGGCGUGUGUGUGGGAGCCAGCCGUUGUGCGCAUCAACGCUCUGACCGCUGCCUCUGAGGCUGCCUGCCUCAUCCUCUCUGUGGAUGAGACCAUCAAAAACCCCCGCUCUAGUGUCGACGGCCCUCCAGUACCUGGUGGUAGAGGCAGGGGUCGUGGUAGGCCCCAUGCCCACUAGAAUGCCCCAUACACACACAUGCACCAACCCUGAGCACAGCAGCUCUAUAUGUGUAGCCUCUGGACUGUUAGAUCAAAAGGAUGCAGUUUUGGUCCCAUUUUACUUACUAACCUGUUAGUUAAUGCCUACAAUGUUAUUAGCUGUUUCGUGUGGUGGCUGCCAGCUAUGGAAUGCAAAAGAAAGCGCAGAUUGCUAAAUGCAUCACUAAUGCUUAUUGUCUGGUUUUGUAAGUAAAGUGGGAUUUUGGCUGUUUAUUAGUGGCUGCUUGUUUUGUAAUAGUUUGAUCACACACACGAGGACUUUCUGGUUUGUGAAAUUGUAGAAGCACUGAUACUGGGCGUUGAGCCAGACUGCAGGAUGUUCCCAUGUUGUCAUUCGGUCGAACUAUUUAUUGGACCAUUAAAAUCCGUACUUUGACAUUUCA